AUAAGGAAUGCAUAAGUUAGCCAACUCCUGAUUCACACUCCAAUCCAGAUGGUGGCGGUAAUGCUCCAAAAAGCUGGUUGCCAACCGCCAAACAACACACAAGAAGAAGAAGAAGAAUAUGGAAUUCAAGUCGUAUACGUAAAUAAUGUCGUCUAGAAUUUAUUAUCCGCGUGUCUUUUUAACGAGAACUAAUGGAGAAAAGAAAGCAAAAGAAAGUUAUGCGCUACGUGGAGGAGGGCAGUCUGAUGAAGCUGAAAUCAUUCCUCCGUAAACACAGGGAUCUGGAGCUGAAUUUCACCCAGGGGAAGAAGCGCAGAAGCCCGCUGCACGUUAUCUGUUCCCACGGGGAUGAUGCUAUCCUCAGGCUCCUGCUGAAACACGGAGCAGAUCCGCUGCAAACAGACCGAAACGGAGACACGCCGUUACAUCUGGCUGUGAAAAGAGCCCUCAAACAUGGCAAACGAGCUUAUGAUGACCUGGUGGUGCCACUGCAGAAGAACUGUCCAGAAUCGAUGGAUAUAUCUAAUAAAGCAGGGGUGACUCCUCAUGACCUGCUUCAGUGGAUGAAGAAGCCCGAGCAGGGGAAUGCCAAAGAUGAAUCCUCACAUGUUGAUACUGAGCAACAGUGGAGGGAGAAGCUUUUAGGAGAAUGCCAGGAUGAGUUUUUUGAGACAUUCGGCCAGUUUGAUGAUGACCACUUAUGGGACGACAAAGACGAGGAAGAAUUCGGAGACUGGGCCGAUCGUAUCCGAAGAGAAUAUUUCAGCAAGCAGCGAAGCCGAGAACAGAGAGAAGCAUCUUCCUCUGGACACAAGAAAUCCAAGAGGCUGAAGGAGACGGAGGAGGAUGAGAAGAGCCGAAAAGAGCUGAAUGCCAGACUGGAGCGCGAGCAUCAGGAGUACCUGCAGAGAGCAGCUCGAAAAGAGGAAGAGACGCGGCAGGGAAGGAAGAGGCGUUACGAGGAGCGCUGCACUGCCACCUUUCACGGCUCGUCCAGCAAGGGUCAGGAAGGCCUGCUGGCAUACGAGGACAUCCCUUGGCCUGCACCUCGCGGGUCGUUGGAUGAAAUGGUGGCCGUUAUGUUGCAUGGAGCCAAUCGGGCUGAUUUGCCAGCUUUCCGGAAGAUUCUCCGUCGACAGCAGGCGCUCUGGCAUCCGGACAAGUUUGCCCAGCGCUGUGGAGGUCGACUGCUGGACUCGGAUAGGAAGAAGAUUCUGGACACAGUCACUGGACUCUCACAGGAGCUCAACAGACUCGCACAGAGCCUCAGAUGAUGCACAGCUGUCUGUUUGUUUGAUUUUUAUGUUUGUACUGUGUGUAAACGUGUGUAAAAGAUGUGUAAACGUUCAAAUGCAAAAUUAGUAGUAGUUGCUUUGCUGAAAUAGGGGAGGCAGAGGAUUUAUUUUAUUCAUUUAUUUUUUUUUUUUCAGUGGUUUAUUGAUUGAGGGAAAGUUUUUUUUUUUUAUUAUAAAAAUCCUCCUCUGCCACCCCUAUUUCAAUAAAGCAACUACUACUAAUUUUGCUUUUGAGCGUUCAAAAAUAAUCUUACACACUGUACAAGUAUAAAAAUCGAAAUGAGAAGUAUUUGAUUUAUUUUAAUGAAAAUAUAAAGUAAUUUAUUACUGGGGCUCUAAUCACAUUGUGAUUGAUCUGGGUAUUUUCAUAAUUUUGUGUUAAAUCAAUAAAAUGAUUUUUAUUGUUGUUAAUUAAACAUUUAAAACACUUUCAUUAAAAACUCACUAAAGAGAGAAUGUUGACCUACAUUGUAGAUUUCUGGAUGAAUCAAGAACGACAGUGCUUUUGUUUUGUGUUUAUAAACUAAGGUUAUCAUCAUUAUUUGAAUUAUGUAAUGUAAAACGGUUUGAUUGAAUGAUCCAGUAACUUGAUGGCACUACACUCAUUGGCCACUUUAUUAGGUCCAGCUUACUAGUGCUGGUUUGGACUUCCUUUUGCAUUCAGAACUGCUUUAAUCCUUCGUGGCAUAGAUUCAACAGGGUACUGGAAAAUUCCUUAGAGAUUUUGUUCCAUAUUGUCAUGAUAGCAUCAGUUGCUGCAGAUUUGUCGGCUGCACAUCCAUGAUGCGAAUCUCCCGUUCCACCACAUCCCAAGGGUGCUCUAUUGGAUUUAGCUCUGGUGACUGUGGAGGCCAUUUGAGUACAGUGAACUCAUUGUCAUGUUCAAGAAACCAGUCUGAGAUGAUUCGCGCUUUAGGACAUGGCACGUUAUUUACAUGUUAAUUAACAUAACGUUUGUAUACAUGACAGAAAUUAAAAGUCUUUGUUUCAUUGCUAAUAGACAGCUCACUAGUGUUAAAUAACUAUCACAGGGUCUGGCCAAGUAGUUAAAAAUCUAAUCUGUUUUAGUGAUGCACAAACAAAACAGCAUCCCUUCCAGUGCACUAAGUGCUCAAAUUAUUCACUCCUCAAAACUCAACUGGUCUAUAUUAGUUGACUAACGUAGGGCAGAGUGAAUGAAUAUAUAGGGGCUGUUUUGUAUACAACACUAUUGUUCAGCUAAUGUCCAUGGUUUUCAUUCUGGUUGUUCAUUGGCUGAUUGAUGUCUGCACCUGUGCUUGAUCUUGUUGACUGGUGUUUCAUGGUUUGACUGGUGUUUCAUGGUUGGUUCACAGUUUGCUUUUACGCUUGAUUGGCUGCUUUGUUUAAAUAAAAAAGCACACAGCUGCAGUGUUUUUCUUCA